AGGCAGGCAGGCAGAACUGAACUCAGGCCCCAGAGAGGUGGCUGCUGCUCCACCCCGUGUGGUGGCCUCCCUCCUCAGCAUGGCCUCCUGGCUUGGGGAUGCUGCUGGUCCUGACCCACUCAUGGUGCUCCUGGUGGUCAUCCUCCUGGUGCGCUUCAUCCUGUGGUCCUGUCUGGGGACCUAUAUGGACUACAGGCUGGCCCGGCCUCAUCCUGGCAAACCCAAGGAAGAGUAAGCCAGGAGACCAACCCAGGAGGUUUUCGUACUGUGACCAUAUCAUCCCCCUGUGGGUGGGCCACCCACCUGUCCAUUGAGUGACACAGAUGCCUUUAUGCAGGACACCUUUACCCCCGCCCCCCAUGCCUUUCCACUGCUGCUCCCAUGAGUUCUUUAGCUUGGGUUAACCUCCCCAGCUCUUUACCAGCCAGGCAGGUAUACAAUCCUGAUGUCCUAGGCACUGUGCAAAACCAGAAUG